GACGUCACACCCUGCUAUGCGCAUGCGUGGGCUCGCAUACGCUUCAAGUGACUUGAGGAAAAGUAGAAUUCGCGGAAACUCCUGUUUUUUUUUUUUUCUCCCCCCCUCUCCUUACCGGAACUUUAAAACUAUUUACGGAUACGGCGCAAUAUUUCAGGGAUUGGUUCUAUUUAAUCGGAAAGAUUUAGCCCGAGGAUCGCCUCUUCGCUCCCGAGGAUUAUUUUUACCCAUGAUUCCACAGCCGGGCAAAGCACUCGUGGAUCCAGGCGUCUCUGCGGAGCGGUAGUAGUAGAUGAAGAUGUCAGAAAGUGGUUUGCGUUGCGCCUCUUGCCGAGUAUCAGCAGCAGCAGGGAAUUGGUAGGAAGUGAAAGAAGCCAGCGAAUAUUGUGCGUAUAUCCCGUCAUCCCUCUCGCACGACGCUUCUCCACUGUGUGAAACUUUGCCACUAGCUGAGCCGGGCUUUACUUUCGCCUGCGCUGUUGAGCCCUAGUUGCAUUCGCUCCGUGCGCCUCACAGCGUUUUGGCCUGACAGCAGCGAGGAGAGCCAUUAAAUAUUUAGCUUCUACUUGGAUCCCUUGGCGUGUCUCUGCGGCGGACGAGUAAAGGAGUAGGAUGAACACGAACAUCAUGUACGCCAGCAGGAAGAGGAGAAAGCCCGUCCAGAAAACAAUUAAGCCAACCCAGUCUGAAGGUGUCAAGUCCAACCCGUCAAAGAGGCACAGAGAUCGGCUCAACACUGAGUUGGACAGAUUGGCAAGCCUGCUUCCAUUCUCAGACGAGAUCAUAUCAAAACUUGACAAGCUUUCAGUGCUUAGACUCAGUGUUAGUUAUUUGAGGGCCAAGGGUUUUUUUGAAGUGGCACUGCAGCAGAACAAGAAAGAUGGUAACAGCAGAGCACAGAAGCAAUCAGAUUUGCGCUCACUGGAAGGUGAACUCUUGUUGCAGGCUCUUAAUGGAUUUGUCUUGGUAAUUGCCUCUGAUGGAUUGGUCUUUUUUGCAUCUUCCACUAUUCAGGACUACCUGGGUUUCCAGCAAUCUGAUGUAAUUCACCAAAGUGUUUAUGAGUUAAUACAUACCGAGGAUCGCAUUGAGUUCCAACGUCAGCUUCACUGGGCUUUUGACCCAGCCCAUCCCUCAAGCUCUUUACAGAGAUCCCCAGAUGAUACAGCACUAACAUGCUUUAAACCAGAACAGCUCCCUCCUGAAAAUUCUUCCUUCAUGGAAAGGAAUUUUGUCUGCAGGUUAAGAUGCCUUCUGGAUAAUUCUUCUGGAUUUUUGGCAAUGAACUUUCAAGGUCGGCUGAAGUUUCUGCAUGGACAGAAUAAGAAAGGGAAAGAUGGGUCCACGCUUCCCCCUCAGCUAGCGCUAUUCACAUUGGCGACUCCAUUACAGUCCCCUUCAAUCCUGGAGAUACGAACCAAAAACUUCAUUUUCAGAACCAAGCACAGACUAGACUUCACACCAAUUGGCUGUGAUGCAAAAGGCAGUGUGGUACUGGGAUAUACAGAAGCUGAGCUAUGUGUGAGAGGAACUGGAUACCAAUUUAUUCAUGCUGCAGAUAUGCUCUAUUGUGCAGAGAAUCAUGUCCGAAUGAUCAAGACGGGGGAAAGUGGCAUGACAGUGUUCAGACUCCUUUCUAGAGAUACUGGAUGGAUUUGGGUUCAAGCAAAUGCUCGCCUCGUUUACAAAAAUGGGAGGCCAGAUUAUAUAAUUGCAACACAAAGAGCACUAACAGAGGAAGAAGGAGCAGAACAUUUGCGGAAGAGAAGUUCCAAACUGCCCUUCCUUUUCACAACUGGAGAGGCAGUUCUUUAUGAAGCUUCAUUUCCUUUACAGACCAUUAUGGAGGUUACACCAACGAAAGCGAAGACAACCUCCGCCAAAGGCAGUUCUUCCAAAAAUGAAUCUCCAGUAAAUCCUGCCUCGCUCUUGGGGGCUAUGAUGAGACAGGACGAAUCUGUAUACAACUGUCCACCCGCGUCAAACAAAUUUUCUUUUGACGCUGGUUUUCAAGAUCUCACAAGUGAAGUGAGAAAUAACUUUACCUGUAAUUGGCAAGAGAGUUGUUUACCCUCCCUAAAGCUUGAGGGAGGAGCUUGUUCCCAGGGAAAUUUGGCACAUACCUCGGAUUGUCCAGAAGUGUUUCCUGAAAGCAAAAAUGACGAACUUUAUAAUAUUAUGAAUAGCCUUGGCAUUGAUUUUGACGACUUGGAAAUGAUCCAGCAGGAUGAAGCAUUUUUUAGGAAUGAAUUUGAUUAUCCGGACCUUAUGGAUAUUGAUGUGGCAGAUGAAAUACUGACUUAUGUUCAAGAGACUCUAAACAAAAAAGCAGACUGUAUGUUUAUGAACAAUGUCCAGCCAAUGCCUUGUGUGCAAGAGCCGUCCAGUAUGACACAGGAUCCUGUGGUGAAUCCACCACAAAUACCUCACCCAACCAUAAUGAUGCCCCAACAACUGUGUCAGAAAAUGAAGCACAUGCAAGUCAAUGGCAUGCUUACAAACUGGAAUUCUUUGAGCAGUGUCCCUCCAACUUUUCAAGAGCAGCAGUCCGAGCGAUACAAUAUUUCCAGUAUAAACAACAUGACUCAUGAACUUUACAAAUCAGAACUUAGCAGUGCCCCCUAUGCUUGCAAGCAGGAGUAUAUGCCUUAUCAGGAGUCCUUGCCCUUAGUGCCACUACCUUCGAACCUUACUCAGAUGGACUUUGAUCUUGAGAAUGUGGAAAGAUCAAUUUAUCCUAAUCCUUCAAACAUGGAGGGGUUUCUGGAAUGUUUACCACAGAACUCUGGAAUCCAAGAAUGUGGAUUAGAUUCACAGGCAAUCAUGGUGACUCCCCAGUCUUGCUAUUCUGGUGCUGUAUCAAUGUAUCAGUGCCUACCUGAAUCAUCCCCGGCAACGUGCCUGAAUCAAAUGCAAUAUAAUGCAGUCAUGGCAGCUCAGCAGCCACUAUUUAACAAAUUCCAAAAUGGAUUUAAUAGAGACAAUGUUAAUGAGACGUAUGCUACACCCGUAGAUAUUGUAAACAGUGCCCCAGCUGCCAACCAUCUUCCGCCUCAUCACCUCCAACAUCACCCAGCGGAUUCCAAACAUUUCCCUGAUCUACAAUCAAGUGGAUUCAUGUAAAUAACUGUGAGGAGAGCACCAUUUUCUUCUGCCCUAAAUAAACAAGACUUCAUACUGAAAAUGCUUUAAAAGCUUUAUCACAUCCUAAAAAAAA